GCGUCGUAUAAUCCAUUGUGCUACGCGGUUCUUGGCAUUGCAACUUUACCGGCGCUAUGCAUGGCGCAGUGCCAGGGGAUGUAUCAGAUACUUUAAACGGUAAACCAAGCUGCAGCUGGUUUUCGUUGCAACAAAGUAUUUGCAGGUAUCAUGGCACGUGCGCAAGACAACAAAUCGGGUCCGAUACAGCGCUGAUGAAUAAUUGCCUUUGAAAAAUUAUUACGAUUUUUUUUAAUACUUAUUCUCGUCGGGUUGAAAUAAAUCGUUGCACAUUUUUACAGCAUGCGAGCGUCAUUCUUUUUCUAGAAGCCUGUUAUGAAAUUACACAAAUAUUAAGAAAACUGGGACUUCAGCGCGCCUGCUGCGCCUGCACUGUUAUAUAAUAUUAAUAUUCAUCUAUAAACUUCGUGCCCUCGUCCUAUCGCUUGUGUAGCCAUUCGCGACGCUCGAUGCGUAAAUCAAGAACUUGUGCUUCUGUGAGCUGCGGCCUGUGAAAAACCUCCGAGUGGACGAUUGGUACGGACUAGAGUGUCUAUGUUCUAGUACAUUCUAGUACGGACUAGAAUAGAGAUGUAGACAUUCAGUGGACCUUGCAUCUUGCAUUUAGUACGUACACACAUGUAGUUUUUUUAGGGGGGUACGGGUAGACUGGACAGAAACCAACAAGGCGUUGAUAGAAACGAAACUUUCUUCCGCUAAUAGGUGGGCACUAGGGGCCGCUAGUGUAGCUAGGAGCCCGAGCAGCACGAGAGCAAGUUUGAUGAGCGCUUGGUUUUGGAUGUUUGACUGAUCUUUCAUUUUGGUAUGUCUAAUGUGUUUCUAGCCUAUUGAACCUUAGUUCUGGCGUGCGAGAGCCUUGUUUUUUGGUACGAAGCUAAUCGAUUAGCCAUCGGUACGCAAAUCUGCAUAGCUAAGUACGGCGGAGCUGCUCCCAAGCCUCCGCGCAUCAGCAGUCCGUGUUACGGAGAGGAGAGGCGCAAGCUGUAGAACCAUGUCGCUACUGAAGGUGCUUGUUUCAGCGACGUUCUUGCUUAGCUUCAGCUGCUUCGGUGCGAAACUCCAAGAUUUCAGAAACCAAGUGCUGCAGACUACUGAAGUUUUUCAUUUUUAUAUCGAUAAAGGGAUGUUUGACGCAUCAAUAGAUAGCUAUGGGCGUACAGAAUUUAGAGCUGCCUUGUUAGGAAAGCCGGAUCUACCAAAGUGGAUGUUCCUACGGCAAACAGGCAAUUCAAAUAGGGCACUUUUGUACGGUUCGUAUCAAGACAACGGAGAACUCAAUAUUGAGGUCUUUGCCAUCAACAAGUACAACUACAAAACAUCUCUUCGUGUAAUUAGUCUUCAAGUGGAAAAAAGGCCGAGAGAAGCACUCUACGAGGUAGAGAUGAAGUUCUUAAAUCUUAAUAUUGAAGACCUCUUUGAGGGUGACUGGUUGUCUGACUUGGAAGAAAUUUUUCGAGAUCACUUAUGGAAAGAAAGCCCAGUAAUCUAUGUGACAAAAGUGGCUUCAGUGGUGGACAUUGGUGGCCGGGUACCUGUAAAUCCAAAGGACAAGGAAGGCAUAGUGGUACGCAUUGGAGGGACAACCAACUUUUCUCAGGAGCUGCGCACUCUAGAAGUUGAAGCCAAUCAACUGCGAAACAGGGUCUCUUGUCCACGUGACUACAAACGAACAUCUGCUGAGUACCGUUUCCGGAGUAGGAGCUUUCUGCCUGACUGGUGUGGAUUCCGACUAAUCACGCUGCCCGAGCAGCUAGAUGGUGAAGGAAUGAUGCAGCACCAAGACGCUGCCUUCUCACCCAUCCCACUGGAAGAGGACAGCUAUAAUCCACCCGACAUGGGCCACCUGCCCCGGAGGGACUUGCUGGCAGACUUUCUGCUCUCUCUACUGCUACCAGGUUUUGUCACAGCCAUGCUGCUCAGCACACUCACCUGCUUCAUGUGCUGCCAGCACGAAGAGGACGUCCCAAGUACGCAGGUGGAACAGCACAGCUCAAUUGAGCGCGCCACCAACGCCUUGCGCCAAAUGGCCACGAAGCGCAAUCUCUCAUCAGCAGCCUCAUCUCGAGUCCAUUCCCGUGCUGGCAGCCCCCUCGAUGCUUCACUUCCUCGGCCGUCUCGGCAAGGAACACUCAAGCUUCGGGCACUCCCACCGCCACCAUACUCUGCUGCCCAGAAUGACGCCUGAUUCUGGAGAUGAGCAUGGUAGGAACCUAAGACAACCUGGUUCAUACUCAUCCCCAGCUUGUCUUCUUUAGCCAAAGCCAUUAGCACACUUUUGAAGUUGAUCUUAGUUUUGACUCCACAUAGCUGUGUCUGUGGUACAAGUCCUUCAUUUGCCGUUUACACCUUGUGAGCUUCCAUGGCAAGAGGUAAAUACAUAGGUAUGUCCCAUUUCUUACCACUCCAACCUUUCUUGUGCUGAGUGUGUGUCACCUUUAGCAUACUGGUCCUUAAAGCUAUGUCAUAGCUUUUGUAUUUCUUUUAUCUGGCAAUUUAAGCCAACUGUUCAUUUUGUUUAAUGAAUGAUUUCCUUUUGGGAAAACGGUUGUGAAGUCAUGUGGGCCACAAAACCUGUAUGUUGUAAAAUCUGGCUUUUUGUGAAAGUAUGGGCAUUAUAUAUAUUUGUUGAAACCUGGGCUUAGUACUGAGCAUUGUUUAAUUACUGUGAACUCAUAGUGAGCGUCAAUAUUAUUUAUGGAUAAAGCCAGUUUCUCAUUAUGUCACUUGUUCACAAUUAUGUUAGCCCACACAUGAUAAAAAAAGGCUACUUUAAUGAAAACUUUCCUAUACUAAAUUUGAGUUUUUGUUUAAUUGAAUAAAAAUGAUGUACAAAUUACUGCAAUAUAUUUAGCACUUCACAGAAAGGAAACUGUGGAGCUGUCAGGAUAGUAUAUUUAUUGUGUACAGGCAUGACCGACGCACAGAACUCUCCAUGUGCUCCAUGUGUGUUUGUUGUCAUCAGCCUUGUAAUGUUAGUGUAGGGAGUGGACAUCGAAGUCACUAAGCAAUAUUUCAGUCCUCAUCGAUGGGACUCGCACUGUAUAGUUGUGAGAAAAAGAAAAGGAAGCUUGCUCUUUAGCUAUGGCCGCCACCACUCUUGAAUGACCAUUAUCAAGUUAAUAAUGUGGCAAAUGCCAUAAGAAGACCCCCUUCCCUCUCUCUAUCUCGCCCUUUUGUUUUCUGCUGCCCUUUGCUUCUGACACAAACAGCAAGACCAUUUAAUUGUUUGAAAACCUUUGUUCAUCCCUUGCACACAAAGGUAAAACAUCUGGCAGAACUCGGAUAACCUCCUAGUCAGUCAGUACCAAAACAUGGCAGAUCUUUUAGCCGGUAACAGCUGGAAAUUCACUGACAUUGCAUUCUGUUAAAUUCUAGAGCUGUGAAAUUGUGUGUCGGCCAGUGUCCUGCAGUUUCAGCUGGUUAUCAUUUAUUUAUUUAUUUAUUUAUUUAUUUAUUUAUUUAUUUAUUUAUUUAUUUAUUUAUUCAUUCAUUUUAUCUGUACAUGUGUGAAACGUAUGUUGGUAUGGUUGUUCCUUAAUUUUGUUCCUCAUUAUGUGUUUGGAUUGGUCUCUCAGCACACUAUGACUUCAGUAGGUGGGCAGUAAAAAAUGUUGACUAUAAAUGGUAGUGUUAUCAUUUAAUUUAUUUAGGCAACAAAGGCACACAGCUUAUAUUACUUACUUUGUGGUGCUCUUGGUGGUAAUUUUCUUUCUGAAAUGCUGAGAUAACAAAUUUCAUAUAAAAUUAAUACAGUCGAGUCCCGCUACAACGAAAUCCACGGGACAUGUGAAAAAUUUCAUUGUGGCGGAACUUAGUUGACGCGAAAUUAGUAUGUAUAUACAUACUGACGGCAAAGCCGCGAACGAAACCGAAACCAUCAUCCGGGAAAUCUUCGCGAUGGCGCGGAGGCAAAGAUUGAGAUGAGACAUACCGAAGGUGGUUAAUAAAGUGUCAACUUCACGAGAGAAUGCAUUUCGUGCGUCUGUUACAGCUUGUUUCGUAGAUUGCGGCCGACGGCUAACCCAACGCACAUACUCGGCUGAUCGCGAAACACUCAUUUUGCAGCACAUGCACCGCCGUAAUGAAGCCGUUUGAAUUAUCACAAUUUCACUGCAUAUUUAUGACAAAGUCAGUAAGCUUGGCAAUCUUACGCUUAGCGAAACUUUUAUUUCCAGAAGUCGGUCACCCUGGAUUUCUUAUGCUUCACGGCAAACAAACGCGUUACGUGAGUCUUACAGUCCGUUAAAAGAGCCAUCACAAUGUCAUUGUCGUAGGCUCUGAUAACUUUUUUGAGGAGGUCAAAAGGAUCCAUUACUUUCAAAGCAGUCGCCGGAGUCAGUGCACUGUCUUGCGGAUUGUCAUUUACGAGACGUUGCCAUCAUGUUGACAACAGCGGCUGCUGCCUGCAGCUUAGCCGCGCGGGUGCCAUAUCUUGAAAGCGAUCGUGACGUGCACAAAAUGCGCGCCCGCGCAGGCCUCAUCUUCAAAGUGAUCUGCGAUGUGGGCAAAGCGCAACUAGUGCCGGUAAUUGUAUGCGCUGUGCUUUCAACAUUCAGCUCGCAUUGAAGUGAGAGACGGCACGCAGAUCAAUUCGCUCGCUGCUAUUGCCGCGCCUCCUCACUCCAGCGUGUUGACAGAGUUUCCGCGGUCAUCGAGCGAGAUGUGUUCAUGUUUACCUGUGCGUGCGUGACAUCAUGCUUGGUAAUAAAGUAGGCGAAUGUUUACAAGAUUAUACGGCCGAUAAAACUACUAUCCUUAGUUCGUAUAGCUGUCUACUAAUCUGCUAUCGCAAUCGAUGCUUCGCCUUUCGGGCGAAGCUGGAAAAUUUUUUUCCUUCUGCUUUCUGCCUCGGCGAUCAUAUGUGUCUCCUCCCUCGAGAGAAAUUUAUGCUUCUUCGUUGGCGUAGCCAUUUCGACCGGACACACACCACAGAGAAAAUGGCAGCGAGUGUGGUGAUCCCGUGCAGUCUCGCACAGGCGCGUGAUAACCACGCGUGGCUAUGGAUUGCAGUGGCUCAAAUCAGUACUUUGACUUUGAUUGUGUUCGCGAAAACCUAAUUCAAGUGGACAUACGAUCGUCACAGCUUUGGAAGGGCCUUCUAAUUUGACUACUCGGCAGUUCCAAUUUCAGUUUAUUCCCAGUUUCGUUAUCGAAAAGUUUGUUGAAGCGGAAAUACCGAAUAAAACGCCUUCGUUAUGAAGAUACUUUUUUUUGGCAUGCUAUGGGCAGCUGACGGGAAAUCGGAAAAUCUUCGUUGUGGCAAAAAUUUCAUUGUAGCGGCAUUUGUUGUAGGGAGAUUCGACUGUAUAUAACUAGGGUUGCCAACCAUCCAGGAUUUUGUGGGGCUGUCUCAGCUCUUAUUCAGCAGUCCCUCGUCCUAACUUGACCUCGCCAGGACAGCCAGUUGUGUUGGUAAUACUCGAGUUGAAUAAUCUUGGACAGGUAGGGUGCACUACAUGCCCCUUGUGUGGCAUUCAUGUUGCUUGUAACUGCACAAACAUUGUAAGCUGUGCAGAGCCUUUUCAAUCUAUCUAUCCUUGCCAGCAGUCCUUUAGUGGAGAGAGUAUUCAUCAUUAAAUGUUUCCUGGAGAUGAUAAAAAUACAUGCUGAAAGGGAAUGUUGUAUGGCUUAGCCUAAGUUUCCUCCCACAUGGUCAUGGCCAAAACCACAUCGAGGGGCUUCCAUUUUCUUCACACAAUGCUAACCCAUGCGACAUACAAUGAAAACAAUGGAAAUUAAAUGUUGGAGUGGCUUUUAGCUGUGGCUUGGCAUGCUCAUGGUAGUACAUGUGAGCAAGUGAUGCACAUAACGUUAGUAUUUUACCUAGCACUUCCCAACUUUGUAGCACUCCAUCAAAGCCUGCAAGUGCAAUGGUUUUGCAUGGCUUCGAAGAUCGAAGUACACUGCUGUGAGAGCCGUCUGCACUAUGCUUGAUGCAACACAAUCAUGGAGUCCAUGAGUGGUGUAUUGCAGUCGUUAGUGGAAGAUCUUGUUCAACUGGAUUGCAAAAGCAGGGUUUGUUCUGCUGCAUAAAAUUUUCAGCAUCAAAUUUGUGGCUUGAGUAAACACUAGAUCACUCAUUGGCACUUGCAUAUAGAGGCCAUGAUAUGUGCACUACAGCACCGGAAACUCCCAAGAGGCCGUUCACGUUUAAUGAUGCCGUGCAUGGGAACCAGCUAUUGCACAAUUACAUUAAGAAGGAUUGUAUAUUGAAGUAUCAUGACCAGUAAGUAGCCAAGACAAGUACCACUUCAAACAAAAAACACCAAAAACAAGUUUAUUAAAGUGCAAAUUUUACCAGCUUAUUUUUCAUGCAUUCUCGUCCCAAGUUCUUUCCGAGGAGAGUUGGCAGUCCUAUGCAUAAGCGAUAUAUAUAUUAUGCAGUUGCUUGUCCCCUGCAGGUGCUUCUGGUGAGAAAUAUGCAAUCUGAAAAUGCAUUUGCACGUGGAGAGACAGAAAGGCUCCAACUGUUGCAUACAACUUGCCAGAGGAUGUCAACAAAGUAGGUGUGCCGAUGCUAGUCACAAUUAAAUUGUGUACUACGACUGUGUUUCAUUGGUUUCAUGCUUGAUUCAAGAAUUUGUUGCUCAAAGUUGUUAAGCAGUUUGCUCACUGCAUGACCUUACUACGAUUACUGGGACCUGAAAGGAGCAGAAACCCACGAAAUUUGUUGCUGUCAGCUGGCCGCCCCAAGUCAGGCGAGCACUCAGCUAUUCCUGCAGUUCCUCUUCCAAGUUUGAGAUGUCCUGCUGCAGCAGGCAUCAGUGGGGCACUGAGGGAGCCAUCACUGAAUGAGCUUGGAACAGCUCAGUGGAAGAAGAUAAGGAGAUUUCUACGUUUCUCGUCGUAAACUUGCUGUGACAUUAGGGUGCCUCAUUUUGCUGUUGCCUGUGGAUUUGUUACAGUGAUCAAUGUGGUAGUGCUUUUCUUUUGCUGGAUCGCGAUAAGAUGCAUAGCAUUGUAAAGUCUUAAAUCAAUAGUCUUCAAGUGAUAUUAGCAGUCAUUUUCAAUCUUUCACGAAAUGUUACCAACAGUACUUUCUAAAUAUAUAUAUAUAUAUAUAUAUAUAUAUAUAUAUAUAUAUAUAUAUAUAUAUACACAGACCGGUUGUUUCAGCGAACACUUUCAAAAAUUCUUAGAGGUAGCCUGUGGCAGAUAGCACAAUUCUAGUUCAUGAGCUGGUCUACUCGAAGAGGCGGACAUUACUUGCACAAGAAAUUGAAAUGCAUAAUUGACACAAAUUCACUAAUUAAGUUUUUAACUAAUUACCUGAUGGCCCAUAUUGCAAUUUACAAAUUGUAGCCAUGGAGUCCGCAAGGCGGAUCACUUGGAACGAAUUCUUGGGAUGACAUUUGUUCUUCAAUGCAUAAAGUGACGUUUUGUUAAGCAAGUAACUGGAACGCCAAUGCAUUUCUCCGCAAAGUGCGGGAAUUAAUAUCUCGAAACUGGUGUCAUCCUGAUAAUUCGUUCCAAGUGGAUUUGCCUUAAGAACUCCACGGCUACAAUUUGUAAAUUGCAAUAUGGGCCAUUAGGUAAUUAGUUAAAAACUUAAUUAGUCACUUUUUGUUAACUAGUCCAUUAGGCAUUACAAUUUUUGUGCAUGUCCGCCUCUUCGGGUAGACCAGCACAUUAACCAGAAAUGUGCUAUCUGCCGCAGGCAACCUUUAAAAAAUUUUGAAAGUGUUCGCUGAAACACCCUGUAUAUAUAGUAGUUGUGUUCAAUUUUCUUAUGUUGUUGCCACCAUCACGAUUGUCUGAAUUACAACUGCCUUUUUAUCAUUGUGCAUUUGCAUGGCAUUUCAGUCCAUUUUAUUUGAUUUUGUCAUUGCCUUGCAGUGAGUGAGAAGCAAAGCAUUGAUAUAGCAUUUGAACAUAGUUUUCCCCAUGUGCAUUAAGAAUGCCAGGAUGCAUUCAUUUUAUGCACUGUCCAUCCUCUGGCUUUCAGUGUUACUGAUGUGCUCGGUCCUUGCCAGGCUGCAAAAGAAAAGUGUGAUGUUCUAGAUGAUAUUGACUCCUUUGCCUUUCGUGUUGAGCUCCUAUGGUGCACGGCAAACAUUUUCCUAAACUGAGCUUUACAGGAGUAUCUUUGCAGCACACUUGCUGUAAGAUCCGUGACCAAAGUGAACCCAGACUUUGUUCUGUGAAGGACUGAAGGAAAGCUAGUUUCCCGUGAAUUAGCUGUAGCAAGUUUCAGUGGAAAUAAGUUAGUUUUAUAGGUUAGUAGAUGAUGUCUGGUGCAAUAGUCUGUGUGUGUCACCAGUACAGUAGCUAAACAGGAAUGGAAAUGAUACAGGACUUGCUUUAAAACUGUGUGGUUUCUUGCAACUUUUUUGAAGCUAGUAUGUCAUUACAACUUAAUUAUAUUGCAGCAAGUAAUUUCAGUUAGCCUCUUUGUGCUGUACCACACAGUUUACAGGAAAGUAAUCCUUUAAAAUAUUCAAAAUUAUUUACCCAUGCUGUGUGUUGUCUGAAUAUUGUCUAAAUUUAACAGCACAUACACUGUGAAGUUUUAUGGUUCAUUUAUAUGUUAAUAAAGAAUUAGCCAUGGACGCUAAAGAUGUCACUGUUCAAAAAAAAAAAAAAUGAAAUGUUAAAAGAGGCAGGCAUACAGCAUGGCUGAUGCUUGCCUCCACUCCUAGAAGCUAAAGGGCCACCUCUGGUUGAACAUGUAAGAAUUCAGGGGUUAGCAAGAAACUGUAUGCAGCACUUUGUACUGUUCUGGUUGUCAUGUAUCUUUUUUUUUUUUUUUUUACUUU